AUGUCCGAUUCUGAAUCGACAAAAGAAUCAGCACGUCCAGUAACGAUCGAUGAGGAAUCUUUAAUUGAAUUAACUGAAAAUAAUACAAUAUCUGACAAUAUUGUAAUCGAUAAAAAACGUCGACAAACUAUCAUACCCCCUUCCCAUCGACCUAAACCGAUUGAUGCAGCAAAGGGUUCUGACUUGGAAUCGAAUAACGGUGAUAAUGAGAAUAAAUUGGACUUUGAUUCAUUUAUUCUUAAUAAUUUUAACCCAUUUUCAGGAUCAGAAAAUGUAGUCAAUUGGUUAGUUAACAUCGAUAAAAAAUUUAAUUUACAUAAAAUCUCACGUGACCUUCGUCAUUUAGCUAUACCUUUACUUAUUGAAGGAGAUGCUAAAAUAACAUAUUUGCGAAAUAGAAACAACAUAAAAUCCUUCGACGAUUUUCUUGAAAUUCUUCUAACUACUUAUGAUGUACCUGAACAUAAUAUACGUCAUUUUCAAUCUAAUCCAUCAUCAUACUCACCAAAUCAAAAUAAUUUUCCACAUAAUUCCAUACUUCAUAAAACUAUAUCCUUUGAAGAUCAACAAAAGGCUACCGCGAAUGAUUUUGAUCUAACUGAUAAUCUACCCCCCCCACUAACUGGUGAUGAAACCGAAAAUCGAUCAACAGUUGCACCACCUUCUAACAUCUCCCGUCACUCUUCUAACCUCGACCAAACAACAUAUGUAAUUCAUAAAGCAAUUAUAGAUAAUUUAAUUAAAAAUCCUAAAACGUUCCAAGGAGGAAAAGAAGAUGUAAAACAAUGGUUAGAGGACAUUGAACAACUUUUUGAUACUGCUCAAAUUCCAGAUAGUCAUAAAUUAGAUUUAAUUCCGUACUCCUUACGAGGCGAAGCCCGUCGAUGGUACAAAAAUACCAAAGCCACAUUAACAUCGUGGCCAAUAUUUGUAAAGGAAUUGAAGGAAGCAUUUCUCUCCCCCUUCCAUGAGGAGUUAGCCUUUAAAAAACUUGAAUCCUAUACACAAGGAAUCAACCAACCUGUGAGAAGUUUCUAUAACGAAGUUUUAAAAUUAUGUACCGAAACAGAUCCUGAAAUGAGCGAGUCAAUGAAACUUCGACAUCUUCUCAAAAAGACCAAACCUACACUUCAGUACGAAAUAAGAAAAAAAAAACCCACUACAACUAAACAAUUUCUUGAAUAUGCUAAAGAAUCGGAGGAACUUCUUCAAUUAGCUAAUAUCAAUACCGAGAUUGAUACGUAUGAUCGUAAUAAUUCUAAUACCACUAACCAAAUAGCAUCAGCUAUAACAUCACCACAACCAAAUGCUUCAAAUCCACGUAUUGAUUCAACUCCCUUUCCUAUCUAUGAUAGAAAAACGAACUAUAAUAAUUACUAUAAUAGUAAUAAAUUUAACAACAAUCGAAGUAAUGAUUAUAAUUUUCAUUCUUCUCAACCAUUUAAUCCAUCUCAAUCAUCUAAUCCUUUCAAUUCAUCUUUUCGACGAAAUAAUUCAUCAUAUCUUUCUCACCAACCAGCGAAAUUUAAUCAACAAUUUUAUUCUAAUAUUCAACGUACAAAUAAUAAUUUUCGCCCGGUGUCAUCAAAUAAUCAAUAUAAAUCAUCAUAUCCACAUAAUAGUAACACCAAUAAUUCUAAUCAAGCUAAUAAUCAGAGACAUCAAGUUAAUAAUAUCACCGAGAACCAUAUCGCACCAUCUCCUCAACCUACACCACUUUUGUCAAAUUUUGACAUGUGUACACAAUGUCUAGAGACAGGACAUCAGGCAUCUGCCUGUUCACGUUUCUAG